GAGCAGACUCCAGGUCUUCAGGACCCAUCGGUCCCCCGUUCAACCCAGGCCAACUACAACAACCUGCUGCUCAUCAGGAGACACCUACAACAGGAGCAGAAGAGGCAGAUGGAACAGAUGAAUGGAGUACAGAUGACUGAGUGCCAGCAGGGGGCAACAUUUACAGGUGGUGGUCGGCCUCUCCCUCCAGAUUGUGGUGGAGGCGGAGGUUAUCCCGUGGGUGUUCCCCAGCUAUCCCACGGUGGUCCCCUCCCAUCUGGGCCCGGCCACCUCUCCCUUCCCCCUGGACAUCCAGGCCACCCAGGCCAACCCGGACCCCCAGGAUCUCUCACCCAAGUGAGCAGGCCGGUAGGCGCCUUCAUGGGUGGUCCUCCAGGCUCCAAGCAGCCCCUCUAUCACCCUUCACAGGGUGGAGAGUUUGUUGGUGCUGGUGGUAUGCCAAUGAGACAACCACAGUUGGCACACGGCAUGAUGGGAAUGGGGGGUCCGGCUGGUCCUCCAAGGCCUGGGAUGCAGCAACAGGUGUCCAGGACGGGGAUGACAAUCGGGGGGUUGGGGCCCGGCUCAGGGCCUGGGUCGGGGUCUGGUCACCCACAGCAUCUACGACAGGCCCUGCACCAUAGUGGUGGAGGGGCACCUCUCCCACGUAUGAUGUUUACCGCUCAGCAAACACACCAACAACAACAGCAACAGACCGCAAUGUGGCCUCCGCAACAGCAUGGGGGGCUAGUGAAUUCCAUGCAGCAUCGCAUGCCCUGCAGCGAUGGCCACAUGGACCCGUCGGCUAAUCACCAGCAGUCGCACGGACACAUAUUUCCUGGAGGGGGUGGGGGCGCCAACGGUAGCUGCAACCCGAACCCCAAUGCCCAGUUUAACCAGCAGGCAAUGCGGUCGGGGAUGCCCGGAGGCGGGGGUGGGAACAAUUUUGCCCCCCACCAAGGACCUCCAUCGUUACCCUCCAACCAAGGGGUCGGGGUGCCGUCCUUACCCAGGAGACUGAUGCAGAAGCUGGGUGUAUCCACGGCAGGGCAGCCCAUACCCUCCAUGGUCCACCAAGGGCUUCAGCCUGGUAUGAGGCCCAGGGGACCCCUCUCGGCCCUGGCUGGGAUGAAACCCAUUCCCCCUGGUAUGAUCCACCACCCAGGCCACGGUAUGGCCCCACCUAGCUAUCCUGCCUCUGGGGCCGUCGUCGCCAAACACCCACACCAACAUCCCCAUCCCCAUGGGCCCGGGUAUGGACCAGGUCAGGGGAACCCUGGACACAAGCUACCCCCGUAUGAGUACACUCAGCGGGGGCAGAGUAAUGGGGGGAUGGGGGGUAGACCUGGUGGUGGUGGUGGAGGGGAGGUAGACUUUAUUGACACUCUGGUGGGGUCGAACGAGGACUGGCUCAAUAACCUCACUAUGAUAGAUGAGUACCUGGAGCAGAACUCAUAGGAGUGGGGUCAAAGGUUAAAUGUCAGGGGUCAGUAAAUUGACUUCAUUCCUGUAUAGAAACACUGGGGUUAGGAGUGUGAAAUGGACAGGGGAUAUAGAAGGCGUAUGAAGGCUUUAUAACUGGUAAUAACACGUGUGUGUACAUUUCUAGAAGGUUGUAGAAAGUGCCAUGGUUAUACCUAACUUGAAUGGACGGUUUGAGUGAAUGUGAUUGGUUGCUUCAGAGUGAUCAGAGCACUACACAGCCAAUCCGCUGCUACCGCAUAAACCAACCUCCCACCCCAAAAUGGCUACAUUCCCGCAAGGUGUGCUGUCCCUUAUUCGCUGGAGGCCAUAUUGGAAAGAGGGAACGGACAGAAAACGGAACUCACGGAUCACACAGAACACACAGAACCUCAUCAUCACGUGGUUACCUGGGAAACAGAAGCUUCACUCUAAAGAGCUAGCAGCAGAGUAGUGGAGUCCAAGCAUUCUCAUUGGUUGUUUCUGUGUCUGAAGCUUGAACAGUGGACUAAUAAAGUUGUUUGAAAUCCUCUCCCUUGUAGGGAUUUCUCCUAUCAAAGGGAUAGGUGUAUAAAACACACUGUGAUUGGAUAAAAUCAAUGUCCUCCAGCAAUGCAGUUGGUCCAAUGUUUUUCAGCGUAUGGUUGUGAUCUGUUUCUGAAAUAGCAGUUGAAUUUGCAACACCAAAUCUGAGGUUGACUUUUGUAUCAAAGUAAUUGAGUGUGAUUUGGAAGCACAGCUCAAAAACACAACAAUUGCAGAUCAACCAUUCGGAUUAUCUCCUGCUCUCACAUGAGGUCUUUGAGCCAGUCAAAGGUGAAUGAAUAUACAGGGAAAUACAACCAAUCCCUGAUCAAUUUUGGUGUAAUAUAAAUCACUGAUUGGCCAAAGGAACUACAGAGGUGAUCAGCCAAUGUUGCCAUGGCAAUUUGUUAUCACUAUUUUGAUUGAAAUUAGGCAUGCGGGGGCUUGUACACAGUAAACUAUUUUGAUUGGGAUCGGGUGUGUGGGGGCUUGUACACAGUAAACUAUUUUGAUUGGGAUCGGGUGUGUGGGGGCUUGUACACAGUAAACUAUUUUGAUUGGGAUUAGGUGUGUGGGGGCUUGUACACAGUAAACUAUUUUGAUUGGGAUCAGGUGUGUGGGGGCUUGUACACAGUAAAAUAUUUUGAUUGGGAUCAGGUGUGUGGGGGCUUGUAAAUAGUAAACUAUUUUGAUAAACUGUAUCAUACACAAAAGAGAAGUACACAUAUUUAUACUUCUUUUCUGUAGAUUUUAAAAAAGAUUGAAAUUAUAGCUCACAAAAUGAAAUCUGUUUUACACUAGAAGAAUCUUAUUUUAAUGUGUUUUAAAUAUGCAAGACAAUAAUACAGUUUGGUUUUUUUCUCAGUAAUACUGUGUAUUACAAUGUUAUGACAUAUUUGUUAUGUUUUUGACAUAACUCGACUCCUGGUGCCCCAAUGGCAAAAGGGUUCUUUUGAAAGGUGAUGGAGAACAUUUACGAACACACACACCAUCUCUCCAUCUCUCACUCUGGCACUACCCCGCACUCCAUACCUGUGAGGUGAAAGUUGAAAGUUGAUAAUCUUGGUCCAUCUACUGUAGUGUAAUAUCUUUGUUCACAGACAAAUAUAUCUGUCGAUUUAGACAUUAUCAACAUUUCAUUACAAUCCAAGACUACAAUAUAAUCUGUUAGAUCUGUAUGACCUUUUCACAAGGUAAACAACACGUAAAGUGGAAGGCACUAUCAUAGAAUUAGAAUGAGUAGAACAGGCAUACCCAUUCAACUCAAUUGUGCUAUUGUGUUCCAAUUCCUUUCGUUUCAUUCUAUUUCUAAUGGCACUUUGCUAUGUAUGUCAUUCCAAUACCCACAACAAUCUACUGUGCCGCACUCUAUAAGGACACAUGUCAAUAGUCUAGAGUUGGCUCCUCUCCUUGUCUCCUUUCCUUCAUUCACACUGAUCUGAACAAAAUUACUGGUCGGGUGAAAACUGAUUUGCUAGUAGGAUUCCGCCAUAUUGCUUUCACCUAUCCUAUUCCUAUCCAUUCACAUUGGUGCUGAUGACAGAGAAGAGACUAGGAGAGUAAGCUUGUUAUGACUAUUAGGAGGCACCCCCAGUAGGGUUUCCCCUACCUUAGGACCACACAGGCAGGUGGACGGUGAUUUAUAAGCCGUGACAAGGGGUUAAUCGAUUAUCUGUGAUUACAUUUUUGUUCUUGUCUUGAGUUUUUUUUAAAUAUAUAUAAUAAACUGUAUAGAUGGAAAAAAAGAAUGAAAAUAAAUGCCGUCUGGCUUUUUUAUUUCA